ACCUGAAUUUUUCCCUCAUUCCUACCAACACAUGAGAAGGAAAAGGAUGUUUCACAUAUUGUACCAACCUUAUUUUUCAUGCUGGUGUUUUAAAAUUUGAGAGAAAGAAUCAUUUGAAUAAUCUAUUUUUGUUACAUCGGAUGAUUUUAAAAUUCUCAAUGUGAAAGUUGAGAAAACGUACAAUUUUCUUAAAAUAACCUUAUUCAGUUUUGAAAGAAUAUUUUCAAGCGAACGUUGUGAUUGAUAAAGUACAAUUAUAUUUUGGCUACAAGUUUGAAACAUUUGAUAAAAGAUUGAAGACUGUGAAGUAAUAAUUGCUAUCCAGAAUGGCUUCAAAUCAGGUAGAAAAGAUUGUCAAUUUGUACAAAACUUUAGCCAAAAAUCCAUCUUUAAGCGGUGCAAAAAUUAUUGAAGCCACUAAUAGUAGAAUAUCAAUUUUAAGUGCAUGGUCACAAAGGAAUUUAGAAAGAAAAGCAAAUCAGAAGUUUUUCCAAACUCAUGUAUUGAAUCCAGAACUACAAGUGCAGUCUGAAAGUUUUCCUGUUGAUGUUACAACAGAACUUUUAUCUGCUUCUACUGUAGAUGAGAAGCGCAGAGCUGUUUUAAGACAAGUUACUAUUGAGAAUUCUACAAAACAAUUCAUUGAAAUUUGGGAUAAACAAAGACUUGUUAAGAAUUAUGAUCUUGCUGCUUUGGAUGUGCAUGGAGAUGUAUACACUGAUUCUGAAUUUGCUUCCUUUGAGUGGUCUUCAGACAAAACAAAACUAUUGUAUAUUGCUGAAAAGAAACUUCCAAAAUCAGAACCAUUUUAUAAACAAAAGCCUCUUAACAAAAAAGAUACAGAUAAGAAAGAGGAAGAUGAAAUAACUGUGGGUAAUGAAUACAUUUAUAAACCUCAUUGGGGAGAACAAUUAGUUGGUAAACAUCGUUCCAUUGUGGCAGUUCUUGACACAAUAACGGACACAAUCUCAGCCCUCUCAGGUAUACCAGAUGAACUUUCACCUGCUCAGGUAAUAUGGACAGAAGAUAAUCAAGGAGUAGUUGGUGUAGCAUGGAAACAUGAACCAAGAUAUUUAGGCCUCAUUGCCUGUACCAAUAGGCUUUCUUGGAUAUUUUUACUAAAAGAUGGAGAGUACAAAAAUCUUUCUAGUGAUGGAUGUGCUGUACGCUGUCCAAGAUUUAGUCCUGAUGGAAAAAAUUUAAUUUGGUUAGAAAGAGAAGCUGGAGGUGUACAUCACAAUGCCCAUAGACUUAUGUGUCUUGAAUUUAAUUCUGACAAGACUAAGGCUGAUGUACUUGUUGAUAUAGUACAAACAAGUGUGUCAAUUAAAAAUGCUAAAGAUUUCUAUGGUUUGUAUGGUCGUUUAUCACGCCGUUGCUGGAGUAGCGAUUCACGAUAUAUAUUGUUUAGUACGCCUCAACAGAAUAGUAUACAUUCUUACAUCCUUGAUACAAAAACAAAAGUUAUCACUGAAAUUAAGAAUGAUAAAAGUAGUCUUAGCAUUUUGGAUGUUAAAGAUGAUGUUAUUGCAUUUUGGGAAACAUCUAUUAUGGAACCUGCUGUUCUUUCAAUAGGAAAGUUUAAUCCAGAAGCAGUUGAUAAUGGUAUUAUUAAAAGAAAUAAAGUUUCAAAUGUUACACCUAUUUCUGGCUCUGAAAACUUAAUGUAUGAAGCAUCCGAAUACCAUUAUGAUAAUGAUGAUGAAAUUAAACACUUUAAUUUCAUUUAUUUUGGACCGAAAAGUGGAGAGGAAAAAUCUGUGCCAUUUAUAAUUGUUCCACAUGGUGGACCUCAUUCCAAUUAUACGAAUGUAUUUAUACUUGAUUAUGCGUUAUUUGUAUUAUCAGGCUUAGCAGUGGUGCAAGUUAAUUACCGUGGUUCUACGGGAAUGGGAUCAAAGAACGUUGAAUAUCUUCAAGGAAAAGUUGGAGAUGUUGAUGUAAAAGAUUGCGUAACUGCUACAAACGAGGCUUUAAGGAAAUAUUCGUGGUUAAAUCCAAAUAAAAUAGGUAUUAGUGGAGGUUCGCAUGGUGGAUUUUUAGUAACUCAUUUAAGUGCUCAGUAUCCAGAUUUAUACAAAGGUGUUGUUGCAAGAAAUCCAGUCAUCGAUAUUGCCGCUAUGUUCACUAUAUCAGAUAUUCCAGACUGUCGCAAUGCUCUGAGUAAGGAAGAAAAAAUUAAGUACCAUCAUGAUGUGUGUGCUGCUGCAAUCAGUCAACCUUUCGACGAAAGUGUGCCAAUUCCAGAAUCGGAACAAGUUGAGAUGCUUGUAAAAAUGUUUAAGUGUUCUCCUAUUAUUCAUGUCAAUAAUGUUAAAGCUCCAACUUUAUUGUGUAUUGGAUCAAAUGAUUUACGUGUACCUGCGUCUCAAGGAAAACUGUGGUAUCAACGUCUUAAAGCAAAAAAUGUGAAGACAAAGAUGCUCCUUUACGAAGAUAAUCAUCCUUUAGCAUCACCAGCAGUUGAAAUUGAUAAUGUUAUCAAUGCUUGUUUAUGGUUACAUGAACAUGUUUCAGGAGACAAAACCGAAGAUUCAGGUUCAUAGUAACAAAAUCAAAUACGGUAAAUACUAUGAUAAUUUUUAAUAAUUUUAUUACAAGAAAAGUAUUGUUUAUAGUAUCAGCAUGUAUACAUUUGUAACAAAUAAAUUUUCCAAAUAUUCACAUA